AUGUCUUUCUAUUGUAGGACGGUAAAAAUGGCAAAUGUGAGUGAGACUUUCGAUGUCGUCGUUGUAGGCGCAGGUAUUUUCGGCUCGUGUACUGCCUACCACUGCCAGAAACUCGGUCUGAAAACUCUUCUAUUGGAGAAAUACGAACUCGGUCAUAGCAACGGCAGUUCCCAUGGUCUAUCGAGAAUCAUUCGCUACGCUCAUGUCGAUUCUAACUAUGUGCCACUUGUCAACGAAACCUAUAGACAAAUCGAGGAACUCGAGAAUAAAACGAAGCAGAAACUUUGGAGGCAAGUGGAUCAGUUCUUCUAUUAUUGCUACGAUCUGAAGUCAGUCCCAACGAUAGUAAUGUUACGGACACUAACGUGCACUGGAGAGCUUCGACUGAACUCUGGCAGAAUGCAAAGUUACGAGUUGGGAUCCGAGAAGAGUUCGUUGCAUUCAACCUUCAUGUUUGGUGCAAUAAAUUCGCUCUGUGAAUCUUCUAUAGCAGCAAUAUCGGAAGUGCUACACAGCCACAGCAUAGAUCAUGAGGUGAUCAACGGAACCCAGAGAGAAUUUGCGAACCUUGGUGGAGAAACUAGAGAACAUGAAGAGGUUCUGGAGUAUCAUGAAAGACCCGAUAAUCUGACUGUCGUUAAGUCCUCAAAAACGGCUUUCCACACUAAAAAAGUGAUUUUCACUGUUGGACCUUGGAUCAAGCAGCUAUUUCCAAACUUGCCUUUGCAUGUGCAGCCCGAAUCGAUUGCUGUCUGUUACUGGAGCGCAACCCUCGGCGAAGAUUCAGCCAUGCUGGAGUGUGAGAAAUUUCCGGUCUUCAUCUCAUCCGGUGACAACAGCAAGCAGUUUGAAAUCUAUGGGCUACCAUCAAUUGAUUAUCCAGGCUGUGUUAAGAUCUGCUCGCACCAUGGAGAACCUAUCGAUGGGGAUAAACAUCCCGAUGUGCCGUCAAAGGAGUCUAUUGAUGUCGCAGCCUCAUUCAUCAAGGAACAUGUUCCCAUUCUGAAUGCCACACAGCCAGAACAUGUCGACAAGUGCAAUACACUGUAUUUAGAUCGCAAAGAAAAAGUGUCUGAGGACUGUCAUUACAUUAUUGGUCCAUAUCCUGGUUCAUCAAACGUGCUAAUUGGUGGAUGCGGUUCAGGAAGUGGAUUCAAGGUUGCACCAGGUAUCGGCAAGGUACUCGCUGAGAUGGCAUCGGGAAGUCAAACUUCUAUCGACGUCUCGUUCUUCUCUUUUGAACGAUUUCUGAGGCGAUAG